UCGGAACUGGGAGAUUCCGACUUCCCAGUCGAAAAAAUCGACUGGAACGCCCUCCGAAGUCGGAUUUUCCAUCUGGAAACUGGGAGCAACUCCAACUUUCCCCAGUAAGGACUUGUAAUGCCACCUUCACUUGAUUCGCUUCGAUGUGGAAUGGCAAUAACCAGGAGAAUCUUGGCCGUCUUCGUGCUUCUAGCAACAUUGCUUGCUUUGGAAAAAAGAACCUUCAACUUUCAGUUUUACUUUACAGUUCUGGAUUUUCUAGAGCCACAUGGUGAACACUUUCUUUCUCGCACACGGGAGAAAAGAGAUGUGCUUUCAGACUCUGAGAUUUACUCAGCAAACAUUUUAUUAAAUGCAUCGAGCGUGGGAACCUAUGAGCAGCUGCUGUCGACCCUGAACGCCACCAGUUAUCCUCUCCAGCUUGAUAACACCACAGAGAUCCGAGAUAUUACUGUUACAACAGUUUGUGUCUCCACUGAAACUGGUUUCCAGUGUGAGUGUGAAGAGCAGUUUGCUUGGCCGUACAGCUCCUGCAUCACAUAUGGAGCUUGUGAUUCCAUAUCCAGCGGCAUCUGCAAAUGCAUCUCGGCGAUCCCAGCUGACGGCUCUUCCUGUCAGCUGAUCUCCGGUAAUCACAGCGGCGCACAGAGAUGUUGCUAGUGUUGUAGCAACACUGGUGGUUGGAUAAAAGAAAUCCCCUCCUGAAUUUUUUAUUUUUUUGUCAUUGUAUGUAAUGUAUUGUGUGUUGCCCAAAGUUGCGUUUCUGGAUUUUACCAAAGCCCUGUGUUUUUUUGUAAUUUUGAUGUGUAAGAGUCGUCCCUCCCACCCCCAACACCCUUAGAAAAACACACACAGUGACAUUUUGUAAACUGAAAUGAAAUUAAAAGCAAUUGGUUACUUUUAUUUAUAUCUCGGAUGCACUAAGGAUUAUAUAAAAAAGCUGUUUCAGCCAAACAUAAAACAAUUAUUACUGGUGUGCAGCUUUUUUUCAUAUUUUUUAAAAAUAAAUCCCAUGCAGUCAGUCGAUAAGAAGGAAUCAUCGUAUUUAAUGAAAAAGUUGAUGUGUUGCAAUAUAAGAUGAAAAUGUGAAUGACUUUCAACUAAACAUGUUAUAGUGUGUUGUGCAAGAGGAUUUGGUCUGACGGACAACUUCUGAGUAAAAUAUAAGAAUUUAUGAAC